CUUAAUCCUACCAGGUAAUAUUUAACCACUGUGACAAUCCUCUGGAUAAUCUUUUUUCGCGCAUGGUUUUGCUUCUGUAGCGUGUACGGUGAGUGUCACAUUUACGAGCCAGGAGGCUGCACUUGCCUCUGUGGUGGGCGUGUCCACAGGGAUCCACUUCACUCACUCCCUGCUUGCUUACAAUCACAUGUUCCCACUGAGGAUCCGGAGAGAGAACGGGAGCUAGAAGAAGCGCCGGCCAAGCGGAUUUUACACUAACAGUGCAGCCGUUUCAGUUCCUAAACCCCACCUGGUGUCAUGUCAGUUCGUAGGGCAGUCCUGGUGGUCCUGUGCUUGGUCGUAGCGGCAACGCGCGCUCGCCGGAGUUCAACAGAGCAGGAGGAUGUUGAGGAGAAGACGAACAGCGCCAGAUGCACCUCCAGGUGUCUCACCUUGCAUAUGACCCAAAUCACUGCUGCUUUCAGACACUUCCAGAGUGACCAAGUUCUGGUUUGGUGUGAGAACAACAGACGCUGCGCUCAGUGCCUUCAACCAUGCAAGGAGCUUUGGGAAACCAAGAGGAUGCUUUCUCCAAAGUCCUGUGAGAAGCAGACAGAGUGUGUGACCAGCAGAGAGUUUCUGGCAUCUUUGAGGUCAUCCCGACAGGGUGACUGUCCUCCACCUCAUCGCGCGACUGGAUUUGCGGCCGCCUGUGUGGAGAGCUGCUCGCUGGACCGACAUUGCCCUUCCCCCAGGAAAUGCUGCUUCAAUGGCUGUGGACACACAUGUCAAACACCAGCCAAUCUAUAUAAAGGUGUUCCUCUGAAGCCCCGCAGAGACAUGAGCUUUGUGGAGGACUCGGUGGGCCGGGUGAAAGUGAUGUGGGUGUCCAAGUUCAAUGUCAGCGUGGAGCCAGUUGUUUAUAUGCUCCAGUCACGCUGGAACAUAGGCAUUCACCCCAGUGAAGAUCACGCUUCCCCAUGGACAAUGGUUGCCAUGACACUUUCCGAGGAUGCCCUUCUGUCAGAUUUGAGGCCUCAGCGUUGGUACCAGUUCAGAGUGGCAGCAAUAAACAGCCAAGGCAGCAGAGGCUUCACAACACCGGGAAAACACUACAUUUCCAGUAAAGACCCGUCACCUCCAGAACCUCCAGUAAAUAUCCGAGUGAGCAACCAGACUCUGGUUUGGACGGCUUCACAAGCAGGGUCCCGCCUCACAGAAAGGUCAGGGGGAAGUGGGAACACUGUGGCCGUCUUGAUACGCUGGGACCCCCCUCGGGACGGAGACCUACCAAUCCACAACUACAGAGUCACCUGGACGUCUCGACAUACGACAUACAAAUCCACAAACGCACAUGCUUUGCUUAGCGUGCACACACAGCUUACACAACCACGUGCACCCCAGCAGAGUAAAAAGGGAAUCAACAGCAAAGUGACUGAGGGGGCACAGUGUGAGCUGUGGCUACAUGGUCUUCUUCCUGCCACUUCCUACUUCCUGUCUGUUCAGUCGGUGGCCUACUGGGGUCAGAAGAGAUUGAAGAGCCCUCGAGCCCACAUUGUCUUUACUGCAGUGUCUUAUAAAGAUUCCACCAAAGGAGAAGACUUCUCCAAUGAGCUGCCCUUCAGGUCUUCCUCGUCAUCCCCAUCACUGCCCUUGUCUCCCUCUCUCUCAUCUUCCUCCCCAUCCUCUCCUGACCUCCCCCUUUUGUCUUCUGCCGCUCACGCUGAAUCCCCUCUCGACCCGAUCAUCCCCAGUGACCUUCGCUUGGAGGUUGCUGCACCCCAUUACCAUAGCGGUCAGCUGCAGGUCAAGGUGUUCUGGAAGAGGUCUAACCAUGCCAGACACCGUCACCCUGUCGCAUACAUUUUGCGGUGGCGUCCACAUACCUGCAGUGCUAAUGUUACAGGCGCUGAGGGCACAGCAAGCGUGCAGGGUACCCAUUACACCAUCAGAGGCCUACUGUUUGCCUGUAAGUACUGGAUAGCCGUGGCAAUGAAGACUGACCCUGGAUCAGAGGCUGUCGCCUGGGUUACUACCCCAACUUGCUCCUCCAUCCAGGUCAAAGGAGGCAAAGUUUUACCUUGCAACAACGAAGAGCGCACCCCAACAGGCAGAAAGGUGGUACUCCGUCCCGAGCGGCUAACAGCAGAUUUUCAUCAACUCAAUGGUACGCUGCUGGCUGUAUUUCGCUGGAGGGUAUCCCAGCAUGCACUGGACUUGGCAGAAGUUGAGGGGUUCCAGUUCACUUGGACACUGCAGUCAGGUGUAACCUUGGGAGCAAAAAGCCAGGAGGACACGCUUAUCUCUCAGACGCAGACACUUGCACCGUCUCAGCGGGCUGUGAUUGUUCGUGGUCUCCAGAGGGACAGCGUUUACCAGGUGCAGCUUCAGGUUUUAACAACAGGCGGCAGCAACGGUGCUGCGGUCUCCAAGACGUUUAACACUCCUGCGAAUGACACGGCACUGUGAGAUCCAUGUGCUACAGGACUCUGCUGCACCACUAUUUUCGUCUUUGCCAACAACUUAUAUGUCAUCCAAAAUGCGAUUUGUUUUAAUUUAAAGGUAAAAUGUAGUAUUCUCCCCUCUUGCCUUGAUUGCUGUCUAUCACUUUUGUAAGCAUACAAUAAUAUUUGUGUUUUUAAUGGGUCAGGCUACAGUGCUUUUCAUGGAUAAUCUAAAAAGUAAAUACUGUAUAUAGCACACAGUAUUCAAAGACAUUUGCUGGACCGAAGAUGUAUGCAUUCAACUUCACUGGAACCAAAUGACACCCUUAUGAGGUGUUGGCACCAAUUUUGUAUGAUAUGUAGAAAAUGAUUUAGCACUGACCUUAUGUACAAAUAGAAAUGUAUAGCAAUGGAUUGUGUUUAUUUCAGAGGGACUGCAACGUUAUCUUAUGCGUGGUUCUUUUUGCUGAAGAAAACAAAUCAAAUAUAGUGUAUUUUAAAUAUUUUUAUUUUUGAACUUUGUACUCAAAUGUGUGUUUGAUACAUUGUUGGUCUGUUCGUGACAUAACGUUACACUAAUCAUGACUUUUCCACACUGUUUUAACUGUGCUUGUGGAAGAAAGAGAAUUUAAAUGUUUAUGAAUGUUUAUGUUGAAUUACCUUCAUGUUGACCUUUUUUUUAAUGUUUUUUUUAUUUUCUUCACUUUAGUUGUGUGCAUCUUUCAUUGUAUGCCUCAAUUGUUGUAUUUAUUUUUUUUUUUCUGUUUUU